CAUUCGCUAAAACUUGACUUUAAAACCAAAGCGAAUUCAAAAUGGACAAUAAAAGUGAUCCAACGACCGAAUACAACACUCAAAUGUUUUACUCGCCAGUGACUUAUUUAAAUUAUCCCGUUCGAGAUUCAUUGUGUUUCGUCAUACCGUUAACGUUCAUUUAUUCGAUCAUAUUCAUAUCUGGCAUUCUGGGCAAUGUAAUCACCUGUGUCGUUAUAACGAGAAACAAGAACAUGCACACCGCCACCAACUAUUACCUUUUCAGUUUGGCUGUGUCCGAUCUGCUGUUGCUGGUUUCCGGCUUACCGCAAGAGAUAUAUAACAUGUGGUAUCGGUAUCCGUACCCAUUCGAUGAGGUCAUUUGCAUUCUACAAGGUUUUGCUGCUGAAACAUCAUCCAAUGCGACGGUUUUGACGAUUACUGCUUUCACUUUAGAAAGAUACAUUGGAAUUUGUCAUCCAUUUUUAUCACAUACAAUGUCAAAACUUUCGCGAGCAAUUAAAUUUAUCCUUGGAAUUUGGAUGUUGUCGAUGAUUCUGGCUGUGCCACAGGUUUUGGACGUUGGCAUAACGCAAUAUAAAACGUGUACGGUGAAGAGUGGACUCGGCAACAAUCUCAACAAGCAUGUUUUCACACUGUCGACGAUUUCCGUUUUCAUAUUGCCGAUGACAAUCAUAUCGAUAUUGUACAUUCUGAUUGGCUUGCAGCUGCGACGUUCGCAAAUCCUUAACCGGAACUCGGUGUAUGUGAGUAGUGAUCGACUGAAGCCACUCAAAUACAGUCACAAAAGUUCUUCGUUCCAAACAAACAUUGCAAUGGAGUCAAUGUCACCAAUACUAAUACAGUACUGUCCAGCCAAAAAACCAUCCGAGUAUUGCUGCGCGAAGAAGAGCACAUCCAAUUUAAACAAUAAUUUGGUCAGACCGUUGAGAAAUGAUCGAAUUCAGUAUGUGUCAACGGUUCCAUUCAACGCUGGAGCGAGGCGAGUUGUGAAAAUGUUAGUUGUUGUGGUCGUCACAUUUUUCAUAUGCUGGGCACCACACCAUGCACAACGCCUACUGGCUGUGUAUGGUAACAAUGACCAGAGGUCUAGCGAUGGCUUCAACUAUGUAUUUGAUUAUCUGACCUAUGCAUCCGGCGUUUUGUACUUCACAUCCACAUGCAUCAAUCCAUUUCUGUACAGUCUGAUGAGCUACAAAUUUCGGGAGGCGUUCAAGAAGCUUUGGUGGAUCGAUUUCAAACUUUUCUCCAACAUUUACCCACUGUCUAAACCGGUGACCUAAUACGACAAUGUGGGAAUAUGGUCAAGGCUGAAUGCCUGGACAACAACCUAAUUUGUUAUUCAUCGGACGAUUCAAUACGAAGUGGUCGACAGAAUGGAUGCAUUUAAGAAGAACAAAAAACAAAACAAAAAUCUUAUCAAACCAACGAAUUGCGACAACCGUCAUUUCAUUUCGAUGCAUCGACACAGGUCAUUCAAACGUUUAUAGUUAAACAGAAAUUAUAAUAGCUGUUGAUGUCAAUGAAUUGAAAAACAAGCGAGGUGGUGUAUGCUGGCAUCGGGCGAUUUAGCUACACUUAACAAUAAAAUAUAUUGAAGAUAAGGCAUUCCAGUCAUUAUCGAUCGACAACUAAAACUUACAAACUUGUACAAGAUACACGUAACAAAUUCACCGUACAAUGAAAUGAGUUGUUCGAUGUUCUGAAAUUUACUUGAUUCGAAAAUCAGCUGUCUAUUCAAGUGUAGCGUGUGAGUGUAUGUUUCCCUAAUCGUUGUAGUUGUUUGCUAUCUCGUAUAAAUAGAAAUUUCAUUAGUAAACUAAUAUACUUGGUAGAAAGGCGACCACUGCAUUGAAUUUUCCAUCUGAAAUUAAAAACGCCAUAUCAGGUUGUUCUACUCUCGUAUAUUUGUAUGGUACUCUGUAUUUUGUAGCGCCUAAAAAUAGUCUGCAUUUACCAAAAUAGUCUUUUCGAUUUUACACUGAAAAUUUCAAAAAGCCUGUGCAUUCGGGAGGUAACACUGAACAACUGAAUUCUAGAAACGAUUUUUUCAUCAUGUUACACAUAUAGAACAUACAGAUAAAGCUAAGUACACACCUUCUGAGCGAAGCGUAAUAAUUUUCGAAUAACUCUUCACUGAUCUAGUACAAUGAAG